AUGGCAUGCAGUUUGUUCAUGGGGGCUACUUCAUUCAGUAUUCCAGAGCAUGUAUUGGCCCACUGUGGCAAGAGAAUGCCACUUUUGGGCUUGGGAACGGUAGCCUCCCCACCUGUAGGAUCAGAAGCUACAAAAAUGGCAAUUCUCCAAGCAAUCAAACCUGGUUAUAGACAUUUUGAUACGGCUGCCAAGUAUGGGUCAGGGCCGCCGCUGGGAGAAGCAAUUAAAAGAACUUUCGAUUGGACUAAUUCAAUCUCGAGACGAGUUCUUCAUCACGACCAAGCUAUGGUGCGGCGAUGCUCAUGGAGAACUUGUUGUCCCUGCACUCAAGAGAAGCUUACAAUUGCCAGAGGCUUGGCAUCACAAAGUCUAUUGGGGGUCAGCAAUUUUUCCUGCAAAAAGCUGACUGACAUCCUCGCCAUAGCAAAGAUCCCUCCAGCCGUUAAUCAGAAAAAGCUAAGAGAGUUUAGCCAAGCUAAGGGGAUCCUUUUGACAGCUUACUCACCGCUGGGAGCCAAUGGAACCAGUUGGGGCAGCAAUAGAGUACUUGAGCGUGGGGCUCUGAAAGAAAUUGCCGAGGCAAAAGGGAUAACUGUUGCUCAGGUGCUUUUUCCCCCCACAAACGUUGUUCUUUUUUCUUUUUUUCCGUUGCUUUUUUCCCGUCUGGGUUUGACUUUUGGAAACUUAAACAAAUCGAGACACAUUGAAAGUUUGGUUAAUCACUCCAAAAACAGACGUCCCUGA